AUGGAAGAGCAGAAGGAAAAUCAGCUGGAUUACGAGUCAGAAAAAAUGGAAAUCUUGAGAUUGGCCCAAUCAAAGAAGAACAUUAUCAGCUUGAACAUGGACCUUGAAAGGGAUAUGCAGAGAAUAGAUGAAGCCAACCAAGAGCUUCUUCUCAAAAUACAAGAAAAAGAAAAUGAGAUCCAGAGGAUGGAAAAUGAGAUCACACAUAUUGGAGAUCCUGCAGAAGAUGAGGAGUGGGAAAAGGAAAACUGCGCUGCGAUGGAGAGGGAGAGAGCUCUGCAGGAGCUAGAGGAAAAAACAGCCAGACUUGAGAGGAAGAAUGAGGCUCUGCUUCAUAGCAUCUCAGAACUUCAGAGAAAGCUUACAAGAAAAUCACAAAAGACAGUCAGAUAUGAACAAGGUGAUCUGGAAAUAUCCCCCGAAAAGUCCAAGGCUAAGUUACAACAGUUGGAAUCAUCCUGUGCAGAGCAAGAGAAGGAGCUUAGCAAGAUAAUGGAAGACUAUAUGUUUGUGUCUCAGCUCUGUGAAGAUCAAGCUCUCUGCAUAAAGAAGUACCAGGAAGCUUUGAAGAGAAUACAAGAAGAACUGGAGACUGGAUUCCUUGAAAAAGAAGUAUCAAAAGUCUUAAGCAUGGAUUCUGAAAGAGGAAGGAAUAACAGCCUAAAUAUUAAGGUAAGAAUUUUUCCUUCCACUAAGUGCCUUCACCUCCCAAGGGAGAUGUUCCGCUCCCUCUUGUUCACCAUGCUGUUUUUCAUCAGACUGCUAGGAUACCUAAUCUUCCAUCUCAGCUUUAUCAAUCCUGACCUCCUCGUCAACGCACUGCCUAAGAUACUGAGCAGAGACGUCUUAUGGAGGCUGCGAUGCUUCCUCUUUCCAUCUCUCACACUUGAGACAGAUGAUAUGUUACCCCAUUGA